AUGACUUUUUUCCGCCUGACUCCAUACAGUAGAAACACUGCGUGCUGCGACUACCGUUUCCGGACGGAGCAGACAUUGUUGGGUUUGCGGAUGACAUCGCGUUACUAGUAGCAGCUAGGCAAAUUCAAGGGGUCAAAGAAGGCAAACACCGCGAUCAAAGCGGUGAUAAAAUAUCUGGAAAGCGUAUGUUUAUCUAUCGCAGCUGAAAAAACGGAGGCGAUCGUCAUAAGUAGCAGCAAAAAAACCUGAUACCGCAACCCAAUCCUCACGCCAGCUAAAAUACCUGGGGGUGAUAAUAGACGAAAAGCUCAGCUCUGGUCAACACGCAGAAAACAUGACCCAAAAAGCAUGAAAGGUAUACGGAGUGCUAUCAAGAAUGCUGCCUAACGUCGGCGGCCCUAGGGGCGGUAAACGCGCACUACUGGAAACGGUAUUACUAUGUGCGGCCCCAAUCUUUGCAAAAUCUUUGGAAGUGAAGGUCUACAAAAAACCGUACUAGGCUGUAUACAGACUCAGUGCUCUCAGAGUGCGUAUAAGAUGAAGUCGGACGAUGCAGCAAUGUUAAUUGCUGGUAUGACCCUAUCGACUUAUCAACCGUAGAAAGAGCGAGAGUUUACCACAGAAGGAAGUAAGGCGAUGCUGAUGUUCUGGCAAUUACCGCACAGGAAAAGGGUGAAUCGAUGAGAGAAUGGUAGGUGCAUUGGGAAAACUCAACAGAUAGAAGGUGGACAUAAACCCUCAUCCCUAGUAUUGGAAAAUGGGUGAACAGAAAGCAUUGGGACUUAUACUUCCACUUAACGCAGUUUUUAACUGGCCACAGCUGCUUCCGUGAACUUCAUAACCGUCUAAAUGCAAAUGUGAUAACAGCGCAGUAGUUCAGACAACGCUUAAGUCAAUCAUACCCUACUAUGGAGAAAUCAACGUCAAAUGCAAAUGAAUGCUCAGUUAAUUCUCUUAGCCACUUUAUUACAUCGAAACACCAGUGUCUUGAAUCGCGUUCAAUAUAUUCAAAUCCACCUUAUACUCCGUAUACAAAUCCCUAUUAUAGUCCUCGAAGUAAUAGACGUCGACCUCCUUUAAGAGAAUCUCGUCGUGUUUCAAUAGAGCAAUCAGGGAGCUUUUUACAACUAAACCAAUACAAACUUAUGGAUCAAAUUGGUCAGCUAGUUAUGAAUGCACAUAUGCGUCGAGAGGGACUUCGCCUGCCAACGCGUGCACAGAUCGCAAGGCUAGCUCGGAAAGUAAAAACGAUCGGCAGGGCAAAUUGUAGUCAGCAUAAUAGUGAGAUUGUGUGUGUGAGAAUCACUAGCCAGCAAGACCAACCUAACCCAGCAAAAGCUUUAAACUUUUUGGGAAGUACUUAUUUCUGUAUCAAAGGAUUAACACAAUACAAGUCGCCUCAAGACAAUUUUCGCUUAUCCAUUGCAUUACCUCCAAUGACAUGCAAAUGUUAAAAUAAUGCGUUCUGUAAAUUAAAAGGUAAGCGGUUACUCUCGAAAAGUGGUUCCCCAAUUUGGUUUAUGCUGGGAGCGUAUUCUCCCAUACAUUUACAAUAAAAACCAACAGAUUUACUUAUUAGCGAUACAUAUAUGCCGUUCCUUGCGUUAUAUAACACGUUAUUAAUCGCAUAUUAAUAUUUGAUUGAAAAGAAACAAUAACAAAUGGGAUAAUAUAAUAGCGAAUUCUAUGUAAAAGAAAGAGAAAACUGCUCACAUGGAAAACGAUUAUGCGUUAGAUUUCUCCAGGAGCCCUAUGUUAAAUGAUGGAAAGUUUUUGAAUUUCUUACAUAAACUUUUUGUAGUACAAAGCGUAUAUAACGCGGGUUUUGACUGGGUUGUUGGCCAAUAUGCCAGUGUCAGCAGAUCAACUCUUUUCCGAUAAUAACUCAUAUGAAGGAUUUGGGUAUUGGAAUUUAUUGUAGAAUAUUCUUCUUCUUCUUCUUGAUUGGUGGUAUAACCGCUUAAUUGCUUUUUCUCAAGCACAUUAUAGCACACAAGUAGUCCUUUCAGAUAGCUGGUGCAAAUCAGAAACACCUAGUUCGGAUUAUAAAGCGUUCUCAUUGAGCCACAAGCUCGAGUUUUUGGGCCAUUUUGGAGUUUAACGCUUAACUCUACUCUUAAACUCGGAGUUUACCUUACAAACAAUUUCGUUAAACUCUCCUUAAACACCACUUUUAUUUGGAGUUUAUGCGAAUGCAACCCUUUUUUCUGGCCGAAUUUGGUUUGUAUCUUUGAUAAUCAAAACCUGCAACCAACUUA